GGGCAGGACUAAGGGGCCAGGCAUCUGGGGCCUCACAGCUGGGCUCCUUCAUUCGUCCCACUUCAGCCAGCUUGAGUGGGCUCUCCUCCCUGGAGCCAGACACCAUGAGCCAGGGCAUGUGGGUGUCACUGUUGAUGCUCCUUUGGGCAGGGCAGGGUUGGACAGACACGAGGGCCAUUGGGGCAGAAGAAUGCACCCCAAACUCUCAGCCCUGGCAAGCUGGCCUCUUUUUCCUCACCCGUCUCUUCUGUGGUGCCACUCUGCUCAAUGACCAAUGGCUACUCACCGCUGCCCAUUGCCGAAAACCGUACCUAUGGGUGCGGCUUGGGGAACAUCACUUGUGGAAAUGGGAAGGUCCAGAGCAGCUGUUCCGUGUCACUGAUUUCUUCCCCCACCCAGGCUUUAACAGUGACCUAAGUGCCCAUGAUCAUAACCAUGAUAUUAUGCUGAUCCGCCUGAAGCGUCCAGCCAAAUUGGGUCCAGCUGUGCAGCCCCUCAACAUCAGCAAUAAUUGUGUCCGACCUGGCACCACUUGUCUGAUCUCUGGCUGGGGGGCCACCUCCAGUCCUGAAGUGGAGUACCCGCUCUCGCUUCAGUGCGCGAACAUCAGCGUUCUGGAUCCCCGACUGUGCCAUAAAGCCUACCCUGGUCGAAUAACUUCCAAUAUGGUCUGUGCUGGUCUUUGGGAGGGAGGCCGAGGCUCCUGCCAGGGAGACUCCGGGGGCCCUCUGGUCUGUAACGGUGCCUUAGCCGGCGUAGUGUCGGGGGGAGCCGAGCCCUGCUCUAAACCCAAACGACCAUCGGUCUACACCUCAGUCUGCCAGUACAGAAAAUGGAUCAGCAAGACAAUGAGGGAGAACUCUACGUGACUGGAUUCCUCUGGGACCUUCCCCUUCUGCCCUACUCCCCCAGGUCCUGCCCUAUGGGGGAAUUUCCCUUGUGAAGCCCGCAACUGUGACCACGCCCUCAGCCUCUGACUCCACCCACUCAAGCCUCCCAGCUCAGACCCUCCACGUGCCUCCUUCCUAUUGAGGGCUUUACCUAUUGGCUAAUAGACUCCAAGGAGCAACUUGGGGACUCCAUGGAAUGAGCGGGGAAGAACUGUCCUCUCUUAUGCUACCCACGCUUGAGAACACUGCCACUGCCACCCACUAAUUAUACACUAACCAUACACUAACCAUACCAUCCACGUUCUGAAGCGUUCUGAUGUGGAUUUGGGAGGGGGGGCGGGGGGAAGAGGAGAGGGCUCAGAAUCUCACAGCUGCAAAGACUAAGUGACUAUCAUCCACUCAAACCUGAAGAGGAAUCCACGGAUCAUAGGGUCAUCCCGCCUCUGAUGAGGAACUCGGGAACCUUUGAGAUGCACGUCCAUUGCACUUUGGGGCAGCUCUCAUUUUCCUGAUAUCAAGCCUAACGGUACCUCUUUGCACGUUCUGAGCAUUGCCACUGGACCUCAACUCUGAGGUAAAGAGAAAAAGUACAGUCCUUCUGAAGUAUGCCAGCCCCUCCAAAUCCCAAAGACAGCUUUCAUCUCCCUUGCAUCUCCUCCAGUCUUCUCUUCUCCAAACUGAACAUUCCAAAUUUUUCCCAUCAGUCUGGAUGUGGCAUGAACUCAAGGCUCUCCUCCAUCUUGGCCACCCUCUUCUGGAUGCCCUCCAGCUCAUCGAUGUUCUUUAAAUGUGGGCCCCCACCACGCUCCUAUUACUCCUUCACUCCUGGACACCACAUCUCUCAAUGUACGAUGGGGAGAUACUUCAAAACUCCACCCAGGGCCUGGCAUAGUGGGUACCUGGCACCUAGAUAGCAUUAAAAUAAAUAUUUGUAGAGUUGAAUGGAAUUGAAUAUAGCCCAAGAUUGCAAUAGCUGUUUUUGGCUGCCUCAUCACCUUGUUGCCUCAUGAUGAGCUUGUGGUUCACAAAACUUGCAGGUCUUUCGAAAACUUGAUUACCUGGGCACACCUAACCCUGUCUCACACUUGUGAAGUUGAUUUCUUGAACUGGAAGUGUCAGGCUUUGUACUUGUAUAAAUGUGUUCCUCACAGGAAACAUUUUGUUUAGGCUCUACUCCCCAUGGAGUCCCCCGCCCCUUUCCCCAGGCAAAUUCCCCAAAGAUUCCACUCCUUUGGGGACUUCUGCUCCUUGCUCCCCACCCCCACCUCCUAGCUCCUUCUAUUUCAUUUGAUAUCUGACUCUAGACAGUCUGUUACUAGCUGUGUGACCUGGACAAAUCAAUUAUUUGCCUCAGUUUCCUCAUCUAUAAAAUAAGCUGGAGAAAGAAAUAUCAAACCAUUCUAGUAUCUUUGCCCAAAAAAGGGGGGUAGCCUUGGAGGGUUGGACAUGAUUAAAAAAUGACUAAACAAACACAAGACAAUCUGUAACUGGUGUCCCACCCUCCCUUGACCCACUCAAGUUUGUUCUAUCCUAUAUUUAGUGUCUUAUUGAGAAAAGGAUGUGACGGAAGGAGGAAGAGGGAUACUUCUUGUCUGGAAAGUAUUAUGUAAAUCAACCUAUCAAAAACCUAUAGUCUAGGCCAGUGAUGGGCAACCUUUUGAUCUUGGUGUGUCAAAAUUUGCUAAAAAAAAAAAAAAAGAGCAUAACUUGGGUGGUGUGUCACUUCAAGAAAAAACUGUCCUUCUUGGCAUGUGCACCAUACUUCUCUGUAUGGCUAUGCAUGUCAAUGCUGACACCUGUGUCAUAGGUUCACCAUCACAGGUCUAGGCAUUGUAACUACAAGUACAAAAAAAUGAAACAAUCCCUCCUGGUAAUGAGCAUCUAGUCAGUGCCUCUAUUGAGACCUUUCUUAGAGGAGAUGAGGGGAACAGGGGAAGAAAGAAGUAUCAAGCAGAGAAGCCCCCUUCUUUUCUUCUUCCUUUAAAGCAGUGUGGUCUAGUAGGAAUAAUCAAGAAAAGACAAGAGACAUUGGCUCUACCACUUGUGGGUACUUGGAUAAAUCAUUAGGCCUCUUUGGAACUCAGUUUCCCCCUCUGAAAAAGAAGGGAGGUUUGACUAAAUCAGGAAUUCUUCACCUUGUGUGUCUGUAUGUGUGGGUAUUAUGGGCACCUUUGGGGAUCUGGUGAAGCCUAUGGGUACUUUUUCAGAUUUUUUUUUAGAUAAUUGAAAAAAAUAUUUUAUUUUAAAAUUUUAGUUUUUCCAGUUACAUGUAAAAAUAAUUUUUAAUGUUAGGGUUUUUUUUCCCCAUUUUGAGUUCCAAAUUCUCUUUUACCCUCCCUUCUCUUCAUUGAGAAGGCAAGAAAUUUGAUAAAGGUUUUAUAUAUAUAUAUAUAUACAUAUAUAUAUAUAUAUAUAUAUAGUCAUGCA